AUGUCAACGCCAUCAGAACGACCUGCUGAUAAAAUUACAAGUUCUUACUUGUUCAAGAUAUUCAACCAAAUAAACACCCACCUUACCUUUCUAUCAUCACAUUCUAGAUCAACGAUCCCAACGUUUGAACUAUUGCAGAAGUUAAAUCCGAGUAUCACCGUUCUCGAUUUAACAAUAAUAAAAGAAAUACUACCAAAUGAUGAUGUCACGUUUACAUAUGUAGAUGAGAACCAGGUUUUAACGUCUCUCAAAGAGAAAGUGAAGCAUAGCUGGAAUUCUGGCUAUAAACAAACUAUGAGUGAAACAGUUGACGAUUCAUACGAACAUGUUGCCACUCAUGACGCGAACCAUCAUAAUAAUGCAAAUAAGCGUCCUUCUCAGCUACUUAUAUUUGAUUUUAAGGACGUUAAGACUCAUGGAAUUGGUGCUGCAAUGCUUCCAAGACGGAAAAAGGCGAAGAAGAACGAAGACAGAGAGCAAGUAGUGAAUAAUGAGUUCUUUUUGUCUUGCAAAGAACUAAGCAUGCAAAACUUAACUCAGAAGCAAUUAUUGGCAAUCAUUGUAUCGAGAAAUAAAAAAUUCAAGGAUUGUUUUCUGAACUUCUUAGAAAGGCAUUCACAUUUACCUGACUCCAUUGAUUUUUUAGUGGAAUCAUGUAAGAAAAAGAUACCUAUAGAACAAGUGUUCGAAGACCCGAUUGAUUUACUUUCGACUGAUGUGUCAUACGAGUUGCCAAGCUCAUCUGCAAAGCCAACUGUAGAUCAAAUGGUAGAAGUGCUAAAGUUAGAACCAUUCUAUAAGGACCAGAUUAUACAUGAAAAGUUAUUGACAGAGGCACGAGACCCAACUUUUGGUAAGUUCCCUGAGUUUGACCUGAAAGUAGAAACAGAGGAUGAAAAUCAUUCAACUCUUCUACAUCCUGAUCUAAUAGAUGCCUUAAAGAAGUAUAAAAAUAUUUCAAUCGAAAGAGGUUUGUACAUCCACCAAGUUAAAGCAAUAAAGAGCUUGUUUGAAUCCCAAACCAAUCAUGUUAUUGUCAGUACAGCAACUAGUUCAGGAAAAUCCCUUAUUUAUCAAAUUCCAAUUUUAAAUCGUAUUCUUUGGGAUAUCACUGAAUCUGAUGGACUGGGAAAAGGUUUAACUAGUAGAAAGACUACUGCUUUUUUUAUUUUCCCCACAAAGGCUUUGGCUCAAGAUCAAAAAAGACAUCUACAAGAACUUAUUGACCAUCUAGAAAUCAAUAUUAGGAGAAGGAUAAUAGUUGAUACUUACGAUGGAGAUACUCCUAAUAAUGAAAGGCGUCAAAUACGGAAAUAUGCUGAUAUUAUAUUUACUAAUCCCGAUACAAUUCAUGCUUCGAUACUUCCAAAUCACAGUAGAGUGAGUGACUCCGGAUGGACUGAAUUUCUCACAUCACUUAAGUUUGUGGUAAUUGAUGAAAUUCAUGUAUAUAAAGGAACAUUUGGAGUACAUGUUAGUUAUGUAAUGCGGAGAAUGAAUAGAUUGGUUCACAUUUUGAAGCAACAGGAGGAACAAAAAAUCAAAGAAAAGCUUCAAUACAUAUCAUGUUCGGCCACAAUCUUGAAUCCUGUGGACCAUUUCAGGAUUAUAUGUGGCUUGUCUACUAGACAUGAUAAGACCAUCCAUGUGUCAGAAGAUGGAAGUCCCUGUGGAGACAAGAUGUUAUUGAUGUGGAAUCCUCCAGCAUUGAUGAAUAAACAAGGAAUGAUUGAACAGCGACGUUCGUUGAACGAAAAUAAAGAUUUGACUGUUAAUUCUCUGUCAAUUGUUAAUCCAUUCGUACCUCGUGAGAAUAUUGUUCCUGAGCUGGCCAGAGUUUUAAUUCAUUUGCUUACCCAUUUCCCUUCAAUAAAGAUUAUAGUCUUCUGUCCCAUUCGAAAAGUUUGUGAAUAUUUAAUGAGGGAAAUUCGACUUUUAUUGACUUCAAAUUUCAACAAGAAUGCUCCUUUCCCUGUAUCUGGGCAUGAUGUAAUGUCUUACAGAGGUGGUUACUCCAAAAGUGAUAGAAGACUAAUAGAACUGAGGAUGUUCGAGGGUAAACUAAGAGCUAUCAUUGCAACAAAUGCUCUUGAGUUAGGUAUCGAUUUAGCUGAAUUAGAUGUUGUGAUAUCUUGUGGUUUCCCUAGGCUGAAACUGAAUCUACAUCAACAAAUAGGUAGAGCAGGCAGAUCUGCAAAAAGUAAUAGCUUAGCUUUGUAUGUUUGUGGUAGCACACCUGUGGAUGAUUACUACAAGAAGAACCCUGGUGAAUUACACAAUAGGGAUUCAUAUGAAGACUUGUGCGUUGCUGGCUUGAUUGACCUGGACCUGAAGAUGUUAAUUAUGGAAAUGCAUUUACAAUGUGCUGCUUUUGAAUUUCCAAUAGACUUGCUCAAGGAUAUAGAUUGGUUUGUUCCCAAUACUUCCUUGGGUAGUAAUCAAAGCAAUCAAUUUGUAAAAUCUUGUAGGGAUAAACUUUACAAGGAUGAUAGGGGAAAAUAUAGAACUCAUCCAAGUUUUCUCCCAUGGCCAGCUGAUCAUGUAUCAAUAAGAGCCGUUGAGGAAACGAAUUAUGCGGUAGUUGACACUACUAAUGGAAAAAAUGUAGUAAUAGAAGAAGUCGAAGCUCUGAGGACAAGCUUCACACUUUACGAAGGUGCCAUUUUUUUACAUCAGGGCCUUCCUUAUUUGGUAAAGGAGUUUGAUUCUAGAAAUCAUUUUGCAAAGGUUGAAAGGGUAAAUGUUGAGUGGCUUACCCAACAGCGUGAUUUCACUGACGUAGAUCCUAUCGAAAUAGAAUUUGUUAAAUGUCUACUGCCUCCUGAUUCACUUCAGACAAAAGACAGUAACUCAAGUAAUGAUACUCCAGUUUUUUACGGGAAAAUUGAAAUAGUAACUGUCGUUUUUGGAUAUUUCAAAGUUAAUCGUAGAGCUGAAAUAUUAGAAGCAGUUGAGGUUAAGAAUCCACCUAUGAGGAUGGUCUCCAAGGGAUUUUGGUUGGACAUCCCAACUAAAGCUAUUGAAUUAGUUUUAGAAAAGAAAUUGAAUCCUGCUGCAGGGAUUCAUGCUGCUCAACAUGCGUUGAUGAACAUAUUACCACUUUUCAUUAGUGGAGGAGCUACAACCAACCCAAACGUUAGGUUCAAUUCCAGCAUAGGCGAGGCUGAAUUAAAAACUGAAUGCAAAGCUCCGGAGAAAGAAUUUGCACAGAGGCAAUCGAAAAGGAAAAGACCUCCUCGCUUGAUAUUCCACGAUUCAAAGGGUGGUCAACAAGGUACAGGGGUUUCAGCGAAAACAUUCGAACAUAUUGAUGAGAUUCUUUAUGCAACAUACAUCCGAGUAAGAGAUUGUGAAUGUGAUUGGGGUUGUCCUUUAUGUGUUGCUGCUGGGUUUUGUAAAGAAAUGAUGUUGGUCAUGUCCAAACCAGCUGCUGAAAUAUUUUUAGGAGCACUAAUUGGAAUUUCUUUGGAAACUCUUGAUGAACAAGUUCGUGAUGGGCCAGAGGAGAACUUACCUGAAAUCAAGAUAGAAACGAUAAGUAAUCCUGUAUCUGUUAAAUUUUCACCAAAUGUGCAAGUUGUUGAAUCUAAAAUCGGGAGAAAUGGUAGCCAUGUAAAAGUGGAACAAGAAAUCAUUGACAAUGCGAAUCAUCUGGAUGUAGUUAUCAUUAAAGAUGAAGUAGAAAACGAAAUAAAGGUGGAGAUCAAGGAAGAGAUCAAGGAAGAGAUCAAAGCGAAGAUAAAGGAAGAAGUAAAGGAGGAAAUUUACUAA